GUCAAUGUCAGAUGCCGUCACACAUGUCAUAUCGUUGAUCUUUAUAUAGUGAACUUGAAAUAUUUUGAAAAAAAUCUUUUUAUUUUAAUUUUCAAGAAACCAUAGAAUAAAAUGAAAUAAAAUUGUAAGUGAUAACUUACUAACAAGGUAUUAAACUGUGCAGUGUAGAAAAUAAAAUAGAUUUUCAUAAAAAUCGAACAAAGACCUUGUAUUCCAACUUCGGAACUAGGUACUCUUUGUUGCAGUGUAAAUUAUCGCCAAAUAGAAUUUAGUAAAAGAAAUGGAGCCAAAUUUAAAUAUUUUCACUUUAAAUUGUUGGGGAAUCCCAUUUGUAUCUAAAAAUCGAAAAGAAAGAAUUGAAGCAAUAACUAAAUAUUUAUUAUCUAGUUCGCAUAACAUUGUGUGUCUGCAGGAAGUUUGGAGUGAACAAGAUUAUUUAUUUAUAAAGGAAAAUCUGAAACUGAAACUACCUUAUUCACAUUAUUUUUACAGUGGUGUGCUAGGGUCUGGUCUAUGCCUAUUUUCACAAUGGGCAAUUCAAGAUGUAUUCUUCCAUCAAUGGCCCCUCAACGGAUACAUUCAUAAGAUCCACCAUGGGGACUGGUUUGGAGGAAAAGGAGUGGGACUGUGUCGUAUCAAAUGUGAAAACAGACUCAUCAAUGUCUAUUGUACCCAUCUUCAUGCUGAAUAUCAUGAAGAUGAUAUGUACUUGGCGCAUAGAGUGCUUCAAGCAUACUCAACAGCAGAGUUUGUGAAGCUGACCACAUACCCAGCAGAUGUUUCCAUUCUCGCCGGAGAUCUGAACACGGGCCCUGGUGACUUAUCAUUUAGAAUAUUAACCCAAUUACCGCAGCUCCUUGACCCUUUUGACCUGAAAUGCGAAGGGAGCAACCCGGCCGUUCGCAGACCCACAGGAACCAGUGAUAAUGCCAACAACAGCUACUCGGAUCCAAUAGUUUCAAAAGCUGCGCCGGAGGGGAAGAGAAUCGAUCAUAUACUGUUCCACGUCAAUUCGAAUUUGGAGGCAAGCGUCGUGAACUUCGGAAACCCUUUAGAAGAUCGUGUCCCAGAUCAGCCCUUCUCGUAUUCGGACCACAAUGCCGUCAUGCUGGAGCUUCGGCUGUCGCAAACUAAUGAAAAAUGUCGAAGGGAAUCUAGCAAAGACGACAUUUUCGACGUCACCAUCGCCCAAGCCAUCAAAGUAUGUCGCGAAGCAACAGACACAAUUACGAAAUCGAGAAAGUUAUUCCUAACCGCUGGAGGUAUUCUAUUCAUGCUGUUGCUAGGAACCGUCGGCUUCUGGCCGUCCAGCUUGUUUAGUGACGUCAUAAAAAUUAUAAUGACAGGCCUUUGUUUCUAUUACUUGCUAAUGGGCACAUUGUGGAAUAGAAUGGAAAUGAACAGCCUUAAAGCCGGGCUGAUAGCCCUUGAGAACUUCACUAGGUCUAAAAUAUCGUAAAUCGAUUGAUUUUUCAAGAUUUAGAAAUAAACAUAUAUCAGUAUUCUAUAGCAAGUGAAGAUAAAUAGCUGCUUCCUCGUUAUAUUCAAAUAAGUAGGUACUGCUUUUCACAGAUUUUAUAAAACAUGAAUUUCCACGUCAUUCAGACUGCAAUAUGAAUAAUCAAAUUAAUUAAAUUCUUAAAAGCUUGCCAUUUUUUAAUAAUAAAGUUAUAUAGUUGACUGUAGUAGUUGUUUUAAUGACAUAUCGAAACGCAGAGGCUGUAAAGUUAGUUGAGCAAAGUUAUCUCUUAAAAAAUUGGUCUCAAACCAUGUCUAUCCCAACUCCAAGAAAGAUUUCCUAUGAGAAGUGCCUAACAAUUUGUUAAAAAUUGGCUAUAUUAUAAAUAAAUAAACUAUAAUCUAUAAAUUUAUUUAACAUUCCAAUUUUAUUCCAAGGAAAACUUGUUGAUAGGUAGGUAGGUAAAAUAUUAUAAAUGGAAAUCUAUCUGAAAUAAAACAAUAGAUAUUUUUAUUUUUUUCGUUGACCUAUCGCAAGUUUUUAACAGUGCAUUUGGUAUAAGUCAAGGUUUUACUUAACGCUUAAGAUGACGACUUUUUUUUGUCUUUGUAAACCAGUGCUCAUUGAAAUGUGAUUGUAUACUUAAUAUAUGAUUAAUGAUAUAUUGUGAUAAAAAAUAUGAAUAAUUAGUUUUAAGUUUUGCGAAACAUAUUGUAUAUCCUUAUAUAUUAAAUAGUUUAAUAAAUUUAUUGGAUAAUCAAAA